GUUGUACUUCGUCUAACCCACAGGAAACAGACAAAAACCAGAAAGAAACUUAAAACACAGAGAGCUUUUCGAUAUGUGGGGGCGUGGACUUUUUGCUGAAUUUCAGAUCCGUUAAUCCAAAAGCUUAAAACAACCGACUUCCAAGCUCCAUAACUAUACACACAGUUACUUUUGCUUUCUUUACUUUAAUUUAGUUUUUUAAUCGAAUGGCUCAGAAAGAAGAGCGAGCGUCAACGACAUCAUCACAGCCGACAAAAUCAUCGAUGCCUUCAUCACGUCCGACUAUCACGCUACCACCGCGUGGUUCAUUCACAGAAGCGUUAUUCAAUAACGGCCCGGGAACUGGCUCGGGGCUGGGCCUGGGUUUCAGUCCCGGGCCCAUGACUUUGGUUUCGAACUUGUUCUCCGACUCCGAGGAGUGCAAGUCAUUCUCUCAGCUGCUCGCCGGAGCCAUGGCGUCUCCCGCCCCUGCUGGCCAAUUCAGACCGAAUUUACAGGAGCACGUCGAGAGAAGUUUGGGGGAUGGCGUCAGCGGAGGUGGUGAGAUGGAUUUUCGGUUCAAGCAUAAUAGACCGUCUGGUUUGGUGAUCACGCAACCGUCGCCGAUUUUCUCCGUGCCGCCCGGCUUGAGCCCUGCGACUCUGCUUGACUCACCGAAUUUGGGAUUGUUCUCUCCUGGACAGGGAGCCUUUGGAAUGACACACCAGCAGGCCCUUGCUCAGGUCACUGCCCGGGCUGCACAAGCCCAAUCCCAUGUGCAUAUCCCAGCUGAAUAUUCAUCUUCAGCCCCUGUAACAUCUAUGCCACAAAUUUCAUCAUUUACUGUAAAUAAAACUACACACCAGCAGAUUCCACCUGCAGUGCCGGACUCUAGAGUAAAAACUAAGGAUUCCUCAGACUUCUCUCAUUCUGAUCAGAGACCACAAUCUUCUUUGUAUGUUGUUGAUAAGCCAGCUGAUGACCUCUAUAACUGGCGCAAAUAUGGGCAGAAGCAGGUGAAAGGCAGUGAAUUUCCUCGAAGUUAUUACAAAUGCACACGUCCUAAUUGCCCUGUCAAGAAGAAGGUUGAACGAUCUCUUGAUGGCCAAAUAACUGAAAUUAUCUACAAGGGGCAACACAACCAUCAACCGCCUCAAUCUAAUAAACGUUCUAAGGAUCCUGGAAACUUAAACGGAAAUUCAUAUAAUCAGGGGAGUUCUGAAUUAGCUUCUCAAUAUCAGAGUGGAAAUGUAAACAGACUGAAGCAUCACGAAUCUAGCCAGGCUACACCAGAAAAUAUAUCUGGGACAAGUGACAGCGAGGAAGUGGGUGAUGCCGAAACUGGUGUAGAUGAGAAAGAUGAAGAUGAGCCUGACCCAAAGAGACGAAAUACUGAGAUCAGGGUUUCAGAGCCAGCUUCCUCACAUAGAACUGUUACAGAACCUAGAAUUAUUGUGCAGACAACCAGUGAAGUUGAUCUUUUGGAUGAUGGCUACAGAUGGCGCAAAUAUGGCCAAAAAGUUGUCAAAGGCAAUCCUUAUCCUAGGAGUUAUUAUAAAUGCACAUUCAAUGGUUGCAAUGUCCGUAAGCAUGUUGAGAGGGCUUCAACAGACCCUAAAGCUGUCAUAACCACGUACGAGGGCAAACAUAAUCAUGAUGUACCAGCUGCUAAAACUAGUAGCCACAACACAGCCAACAGUAAUGCAUCACAGAUAAAACCACAAAAUGCGAAGACGGAUUUUGCAAACAAUAGUCAACAGCCUAUAGCACGUUUACGGUUAAAAGAAGAGCAUUUGACAUAGUUUCUCAGAGUUGCAAUCGUGCAAAGAUGCCAGAGGAUAAGUUGAAAAUGAAAGCUGCAAUGGAUUAGGCCAAAACUGUAAGUUAUCUGUUUCUCAAACUCAUGGCCGUUGUUUUCUUCAUGGUCAUCUUCUCAAAGCUAAUAUAGAAAAGAAAGAGGUCUAAAAUGAAAGACAGAUAUCAACUCCAUAAGAAAUCAAUCGUACGAGUUAGAAGGCAAUACUAUAAAAUAUGUAGACUAGUUUAGUCGGUAUAUUGUAUUGAAAUUUGGUUCUGUGCAUUCUUUUGUACAUGAAAUUGCAUAAGUAUUGUUGUUUCAUAUGUUUACAAAUGUUGUACUUGGGGCUCAAUCUUUGAUUGACCAGAGAUUUUUUAUUCUUAAAUUAUAACUUUCUGUAUAAAGUUGCCUCUUUAUGUGGCUGUAUUUGAUUUAUAAGUGUUGUGGUUGUUCAUUGGAGAAACUGUAGAAAGUAUUGUGCUAAAUUAUACUUUACUCCUGUGUUGUGCCCCUCAAACUGAGUUGAUGAAAUUCAAAUAUUUGCAAACUGAAA